GCGGGCGAGGGCGAGCCUGGGGGCGCGGAGCCGGCGGGAAGUAGGCGAAAGGUCGGGGGCGGGGCCUGGCGGGCAGGGCGCUCCAUCCAUGGGCUCGCCGCCACUAGAACCUUCCGCCGCCGGGACCGACGUGCAGCCAUGGCCCUGCUCCGAGGUGUGUUUAUCGUUGCUGCUAAGCGAACACCCUUUGGAGCUUAUGGAGGUCUUCUGAAAGAUUUCACUGCUACAGACUUGACUGAGUUUGCUGCCAAGGCUGCCCUGUCUGCUGGCAAAGUCCCACCUGAAACUGUUGACAGUGUCAUUGUAGGCAAUGUCAUGCAGAGUUCUUCAGAUGCUGCAUACCUGGCGAGACAUGUUGGUCUUCGAGUGGGAGUCCCAAAAGAGGUCCCAGCUCUUACUAUCAAUAGACUCUGUGGCUCUGGCUUCCAGUCCAUUGUGAAUGGAUGUCAGGAAAUCUGUGUUAAAGAUGCGGAAGUUGUCUUGUGUGGAGGAACUGAAAGCAUGAGCCAGUCUCCCUACUGUGUCAGAAACAUUCGGUUUGGAACCAAGUUUGGAACAGAUAUCAAGAUGGAAGAUUCUCUGUGGGCAGGAUUAACAGAUCAACAUGUUCAACUCCCUAUGGGAAUUACUGCAGAGAAUCUUGCUGCAAAACAUAAAAUAAGCAGAGAAGAAUGUGACAAAUAUGCCCUUCAGUCACAGCAGAGGUGGAAAGCUGCUAAUGAUGCUGGCUACUUUAAUGAGGAAAUGGCACCAAUUGAGGUGAAGACAAGGAAAGGAAAACAGACGAUGCAAGUGGAUGAGCAUGCCCGACCCCAAACGACCCUGGAGCAGUUACAUAAACUUCCUCCAGUGUUCAAGAAAGAAGGCACCGUCACUGCAGGGAAUGCAUCGGGGGUAUCUGAUGGUGCUGGAGCUGUUAUCAUAGCUAGUGAAGAUGCUGUUAAAAAACAUAACUUCACACCACUGGCAAGAAUUGUGGGCUACUUUGUAUCUGGAUGUGAUCCCUCUAUCAUGGGUAUUGGCCCUGUCCCUGCUAUUAAUGGAGCACUGAAGAAAACAGGACUGGAUCUUAAGGACAUGGAUUUGAUAGAGGUGAAUGAAGCUUUUGCUCCCCAGUACUUGGCUGUUGAGAAGAGUUUGAAUCUUGACCCAAGUAAGACUAAUGUGAACGGAGGAGCCAUUGCUUUGGGUCACCCAUUGGGAGGAUCUGGAUCAAGAAUUACUUCACACCUGGUGCAUGAAUUAAGGCGUCGAGGUGGAAAGUACGCCGUUGGAUCAGCCUGCAUUGGAGGCGGCCAAGGCAUUGCACUCAUCAUUCAGAGCACAGCCUAAGGAGAGCAAGGAGCCCACCUCUGCUCCACCGUGCGUUACUUGGCUGGGCCACAGUAAAACAAGUAUCCUCCAGCGCUGGCCAAGCCAUACCCCAGAAACAGUGAUUGAGUUUGAUCGUGACUUGGUGAGGUAAAAAUACAUUCAUCAUGAAUAAUAACCAUGCCAUUAGCAAGUUCUCACAAAUUUACACCAGUCUGAUAUGAUGUAUUCCUGAACUAAAGUCCGAUUAAGAAAGGCCUUAAGAAAAAUGGUGUCCUUGCCAAAUAUGCAUCACUUAUGCCUUAGAUAAUAUGAUUACAAAGAAAUUUAAUAAAGUUGCCUUAAGCUAA